AUGUCUCAAAUAGCACCACUUGAACAAUUUGAUUGCGAGGGAGAUUUAAAUUCGCUUGGUAGUCGUUGGGAAAAGUGGAAGCGCGGUUUAGAAAUUUAUUUUCUAGCUGCAAACAUCACAGAUUCAAUUAAAAAAAGGGCUUCUCUUCUUCAUACUGGAGGCUUGGCCCUGCAGGAUAUUUAUUUCAAUAUUCCCGGUGCAUGUGUAGAAGAAGGAGACAAUGUCGAUGUUUACCAAGUAGCUGUUAAUAAAUUAAACGAAUAUUUCGCACCAAAACAGAGUAGUCUAUUUGAAAGGCACCUAUUUAGAUUAAUGAAACAAGAAGCGGACGAGAAAUUUGAAAAAUUUUUGUUUAGACUACGCCGUCAGAGUGUCAAAUGUAAUUUUUCCAAUGAGAAUGAGAAUUUAAUUGAUCAAAUAACUGAGAAAUGUCUAUCUGUAGAAUUAAGAAAGAGGAUUCUGUUGUUAGGAGAUACAGUUACAGUUGAAAAAAUUAUUGCAGAGGCAAAUGCUCAAGAAACUGUCGAAAGACAGUUAUGUGAUUUCCAAGACAAACAGAGUCUCAAUGUAAAUAAAAUUGAUACAUCAAAAAAUAAAGGACCUAGUGAAAUUCAAUCACAAUGUACUAGAUGCGGCAGUAAAUCACAUAAAAAUGAUAGUCCCACCUGUCCCGCCAAAAAUAAAACCUGUACUAAAUGUGGAUUUAGAGGUCAUUUUUUCAAACAAUGCCGUACAACGGCAAAUAAGCGUAAAUCUAAGCCGAUUAAAAAUACAACAGAUGUAAAAAAGAUUCGUCACGAGGACGAUAAAUUAGAUCGGAACAUGAAACUGCAGGGCAGUUCAGAGUCAGCAAUCGAUUAUAUAUUUCACAUCGAUGACGAUGCGACAAUUACAUGUCAAAUAGGUGGAGUAAAUCUAGAGAUGCUUAUAGAUUCAGGAAGUAAGUGUAAUAUUAUUUGCGAAAAAUCGUGGGAUUUUCUAAAGUCGCAAAAUUGUAAAGUUAAAUCUCAAGAUAGAAACCCUGACAAAAUAUUUAUGGCCUAUGGAGCGAACGAGCCUUUAACAGUGUUAGGAUUAUUUGAGGCAGAAAUUCGAGUAGGGCUUGAAACUAUUUGUGGAAAAUUUUAUGUGAUUAAAAAUGGACUGAGAAAUUUACUGGGUAAAGAUAGUGCAAUUGCUCUCAAAGUUUUAAAAAUUGGUAUUGUUAUAAACGCACUAAAUGAAGUCCAACUUCCAAAAUUUAAAGGCGUUACCCUGGAAUUCUCUAUCGAUGAAACUAUUACACCUGUUCGUCAGCCAUAUAGACGUAUUCCUAUACCUUUAGAAACUAAAGUAAAUAAUAAAAUUGACGAGUUGGUUGAAAUGGACGUCAUCGAACCAGUCACGAAGCCGUGUAAAUGGGUUUCCCCUAUGGUACCAAUCUUGAAAGAAAAUGGUGAUGUACGUAUUUGCGUUGACAUGCGUUGUCCCAAUAAAGCAAUAAUCAGGAAGAAUCACCCAAUACCAACUAUGCAUCAAUUAUUGCCGAAAUUUCGAAAAGCCACAGUUUUCUCUAAAUUAGACAUUUCCAAUGCAUUUCAUCAAAUCGAAAUUGAUGAAAAUUCCCGAUAUAUUACUACAUUUAUUACAAGUAAAGGUUUGUUCAGAUAUAAGAGGCUUAUGUUUGGGAUUACGUGUGCUCCCGAAAAUUUCCAAAAUAUUAUGGAAACUAUGUUAUUAGGAUGUGAAGGGGUUGUUAAUUUUAUUGACGACAUCGUUGUCUUUGGCAGUGAUGAAAAGGAGCAUAGCAUGAGACUUAGGCAUGUCUUACAAGUUUUAAGAGAAAAUAAUGUUUUGCUUAAUGAAAAUAAAUGUAUAUUUAAUGCUAAAGAAAUCAAGUUUCUUGGGCAUAGAUUAUCUUCAGAAGGAAUCAGACCACUAGAUAAAUAUUUAAAGACAAUUCAAUCAUUUCGUGAUCCCAAGAAUAUUGGAGAGAUUCAGAGUUUUAUUGGUUUGACAAAUUUUGUUGGAAAGUGGAUCCCUAAUUUGGCAACGUUAACAGAACCCAUUCGACAAGUAUUGAGACAAAAGCUUAAUAAACAUGCCGACAUCACGUGUUUUUGGAAGAAGGAACAAAAACAAGCUUUUGUUGACCUCAAGAAAAGUCUGAGCGAAAUUCCGACUUUAGGUUACUAUAACCCAAAUGAUAAGACGCGAAUCAUAGCGGAUGCAAGUCCUGUUGGUUUAGGUGCCAUACUUAUUCAAUUCGAUUCAAGUGGACCACGAGUUAUUUCAUAUGGUCAUAAAAGUUUAACAGAUGUAGAGAAAAGAUAUUCUCAAACUGAAAAAGAGGCUUUGGUUUGGGCCAUGGAACAUUUUCACAUGUAUCUGUAUGGUAAAAAUGAAUUCGAAUUGGUUACAGAUCACAAGCCGUUAGAGGUAAUUUUUAAUUCAAGAUCAAAGCCAUGCGCUCGAAUUGAGCGAUGGGUUUUAAGACUGCAGGCUUAUAAUUAUAAAGUAGUGUAUCAACCUGGGAAAAUGAAUAUUGCUGACCCACUAUCGCGUCUUUGUAUGACCCCUUAUGCUACUCCAUUCGAUAAUGAGCAUCACGUAAACCAAAUUGUUCAAUAUGCUCGACCAAUUGCUCUGUCCCUAAAAACUAUUUCAGAUACGUCCCAAACAGAUCAAGACUUUCUAUUAAUCCAAGAAGGACUAACAAACAACAACUGGAAUCCGCAAGUAAAUAAUUACAGAUUGUUUGAAAGUGAACUUUGGUUACAUGAUAAUAUUCUGUUACGGGGAAAUAAAAUUGUUAUCCCAACAAAGUUAAGAGCACAAGUAUUAGCAGCAGCCCAUGAAGGACACCCAGGAAUUGUGAACAUGAAAGCUAGAUUACGUACAAAAGUUUAG